GAGCCUGUUUGUGACGCUCCUUGGGCUUCAGGGUGACCUCAUCGUCCCCAGAGUCCAGGUAGGACUAAUCAUUUAUUCGCCUAUCACUAGCUGCGUUUUCAUUAACCACAAAAUUGCGCAAAUUAAAAAUUCGAAAAUAAAUUCCCUUAAUAGAAACACGGCAAUUAAAAAACCAAACACGUUUUCCGAUUAAAGGUUUUUUCGGCCUUUUUUAAAUUGAUGCAAAACCGCCACGGAAACUUCCUUCGCGCCACGCCACUCACGUGAUCAACUGCAGCGCGUCACUACUGGCAAGAACGACGAAGAAGAACGAGGAAGGACUAGGAGGAUGAAGGUUUGUGUUUGGGUUUUUUUUCGGACACAGCGUGGUAUAGUUCAUAAAAAUGUGUGUCAUUUGAAAGUAUUGAAUCUCCCAUUUCCCAAAAAAUCUUGUCCAACCCCUGAAUAAGCCACCUGAUUGCAAUGGUAAUGGCUGCCAUGAUUUUAAACGACUUGUCACGUGAACAAGCUUAUUCCCGUGAUUUUAAUAAAAUUUUGUAAUUACUGGAAACACUGCAGUUGUGAAAUAGUCACCCCCCCCCCCCAACAUUAGCAGGUUAUCCACAUAUUUGCGCACAUUUGCAUUGGAAAGGCAGCAACUGUUGCUCCUGAAUUCAGAGAGAAAAAUUAAAAAAAAAAAACGUCCUAAUGAUUUGUCUUGGAAAAACUAACAAAUCUGAUAAAGUUGCAGAAAUGAAGUAAAUAAUCUUUUUCUGGCUAACAAAGGCUAAGAUAAUAAAAACCCACCAGCACCCCUGUGGUAUUAUAUUAAUGCUAGAGGGUUUAACGUACUGUAAAUCCAGAGCUUCCCUCCCUGCUGGGACAGCACAUUAGAACCUGUAGUCGUGAACUCACCUCAGGCAACAUUUACCUGACACACCAGCAGGAAAGCCAUGUCGCCUUUCAGCCACCAGCAGGCACUCUGUAUCUAUCACAGCAAGAGGUCUUACAACCAUAAAGUGUAGAGCUUAUGUUUUCAGUAUGAAAACUCAGUAUGCUGUCCUUUUGUCCCCCCAAAACAGAAGAGAUCAAAUGGGAAUUUCUCCCCUUAUAAUUUAAAAAUGAUCAAGUUGAUCAAUUUCCUUCUUUAAUUAACCCAGUAAAUCAGGUCAGUUGUGUUUACGUGAAUGGGGCUGAUGUGGUUUGGUAGCCUUGACUAAAAAUACUACAGUGUCCCUGAAUUUAUUCCCACUUUAAACUAAAAAGGUGAAAUAAAACUGAAUACAGUCAGAGAAAACAGUGGUCACUCACACUUUCUCGGGAUUAUCGUACAAUAAGUACAACGCAAAGUACUUGCUACUGCUUUUCUGCGUAGAACCACGUUUAUCAAGAGAACAGCUUUUGUUUCGUUUAUUAACCUUGGCUAAAUGUUGGAAUCAUUUUUAAAGAAAGUGACCCGUGGUUGUUCCAGUGACUGAGAAUGAAUUUGUUCAAACGAGCCCAAAAUGACGUGAAAACUAGAUGCCUUUCUCUUAAUACUUCAAACAUGGAAAAUCCCUUUUAAGUUUUGGAUCUACUACAAAUGACAUUCGCUUCCAACAAAAAUCAAGCAAAAAAAAAAAGGAAGAAAGGAAGGACUCCUUUACGUGCUUGAUUUUAGUUUUAUAUUUACUUCCUUGUCCUGCGCGAACUUUUGAGUCGACGAUUUUGGUCCACGUGUCAAAAAGUUUUUACACCCCUUGUAGAUUGUUUCAUACGUUGCAGUCACUCAUUCAUCAACAUUCAUAAGAUGCUCAUUUUUUAAGGGUUGUCCUCUAUUUUGGUAUUAUUUUUAUGUAUUUCUGUCAUGCAAUACAUAACACAGCUUUAUUUUACACAAACUGUUUUGAUGAAGGGACGUCCUGCUACUCGCAUCCUGUAAUCCUUUGCUGCCGUGACCUCUGACCCCUGGGUGGUUUCUUGCGUAAGACGGAAAGCACACAGGAACACACCCUGGCCUCUUGCUAGUGUGCAUGCAGCUGAGUGUGCGCUCAAGGCAAGGAAAGACAGCGCCAACUAACCGAGGCAUUAGAGGACAGCGGCCUGCCAUGUGACCGUGCUUUCAGGGAUUGGCUCACUGCAGAUGUGACAUCACAGAGCUUCCUCCUCCUUCUCCCACUCUUCCUCUGCCUCUCUCUGCCCAUCUAGCUCUCUGUACCGCUCUCUCUUCCUCCUCAGCAUCCCACCGCCCCUCACCCCCCUCCUCACCCCUUCACAGAGAUGGCGUGUGUCGAUGCUGCUCAGGCGUCCGGGGCCUAGUGCACUCAGGGAGGACACUCCCCUCCCCUCCGUUCCUCCUGCUGUCCCCCGCAUUCGGAGUGUUUGUUCCCUCGAUCUGUCUUCUUGCUCGUGGUCCUCCAAGUGUGUCACUGUUUGUUGUCGUGCCUCCCUUGUGCGAGCCCGGCCCUCUCGAGGGUGGAAGAAAUCAACAUCGUGCUUCACAGCGGUGGAGGGAGGUGGGAUGAGCUGUGCACAAUUAGCCAUGCCCUGCCCAGGCUCCGUUUUGACCGCCUAGAUGUUUCUUCUUCUUCUUCUGUCCACGUGUGCACCCCAGAGGGCGACGUAGGAUGAAAAUCUGCGACUAUGAUGCAAGGACUGAAAAAACGAACCAGGAAAGCCCUGGGCUUACGGAAGAAAGACAAGGACACGGAUGCAACGAGCUCACCUGACAAAGAGGGAAGCGAAAGCGGAAAGAAAGGAAAAAAAAAGGCCAAUGGAGCUCCUAACGGCUUCUACGGGGAAAUCGACUGGGACAGAUAUGCCUCACCUGACGUCGACGAGGAGGGUUUCAGCCUGCGGCCCGGUGAGGGAGAGGAUGCGGCUUCCAAAGAAAAGCACUUCUUCUCCUCCAGCGACUCGGACGACGACGAGGACAGCAAGAAAAAGUUCAAAAUCCGUAUCAAGCCGCUGGUGGCGGACAGCGGCCGGUGCGUCCCCCCAUCGAUGAACGAGCUGAAAGCCUCCGUGGGAGGACUGGCACUCUCUCCUUCCCUGAGGAGAAGUCCGAGACGCAGUCCGGGGAUGAUGAAAAGAAACCUAUCAUGUGAAGAGAUUCCCCGACCCCGACGCUCUACCCCAACACCAAGUUAUGCAUCUGAGAUGCCAAGCGCCACUGCGCCGCAGAACGUUCCUGCUUUGUUCAGGCUUCCUUCAGACAGCAGAUAUGCCAGAUAUGAUGUAAUCCGUAGCGAUGCAUGGGGAGAACCCAGACCGUGUUCAGAAUCCCACCUGAGCCGAAGUUUUCCAACAGGAGCUCCUCCACCGCUUCCUCCGAAAAACUUCCCCUCCAGAGGUCGCUACGGCUUUCCAUCAGACCUGGCAGUUGAUCUGCCCAACGGGAGGGCGGCACGCAGCUCCGCCCCCAUCUACCUGAACGUCCUGUCACCGGCCUCAUACCGGGGGUCACCGGGCCCCGACCUGGACGACGUGUUCGGCCCCGCCGACAGCUCCAAAACGAGGGAGGAUGCGCCGUCUCCCAGAUGGGUCACGUUCAUGGACGAUCGACCUCCACCCCCCGACGAGCCGGCUCCCCCGCCACCGCCGGACUCUCCUCCCCCGGACACGCCCACCUCCACGCCUUCCACGCCUGGCCUCUCACCGGGACCGCCCCCGAACGAGCCCCCUCCUUCUCCGCCAUGCUUUCCCCCCGGCUCCUCCCCUCCUUUCACUCCGCUAGACUCGCCCCCCUCCAUCGUUCUCGGCCCUCCACCCCCAGAUGAGCCAGCUCCCCCCUUACCUCCCGACUUCUCCCCUUCCGAGUCUCCUCCUGCUUUCCUCGAAGAGGAAGGAGUCGACGAGGAGGUUCUGCAGUUCGCAGGAUACGCCUGCGCCCCUGCUCCUAUCAGCCCCGUCCCCCCUCUGCCGGCAGAGCGGAGGUCCCCGCGGGCGGCGGUCACGUCUCCUUUAGUCUACGGGACUCUGGGAGGAAAGAGGACUCCAGAGGGAGCGUACCAGAGAGAUGAAGUACCAGAAGUGACAGGCUCUCCCAGAGAGCUGACACCCAGCUUCAGGGGAACGCCACCUCCUCUUCCUCCAUCUGCGUACCGAUCCAUCAUGUCUUCCCCUGGGCCCUUCUCUGGCAGCAGCCCCUCGUCUCCAGCCCGCCCUACCACGCCUCAUUCCCGGGGGAGUCCGGUGCCGCCUCCUCCUCCUCCCCGUCCGUCCUCGCGACCGAAGCUGCCCCCGGGGAAGCCAAUCACAGACCUGAGUCGGCCUUUCAGCCCCCCGGUUUCGGGAAGCCCUCCGCCUUUUGCCCCCCUGGCCCGCGCCGAGAGCUCCUCCUCCCUGUCCUCCGUCACCUCGCACAGCGCGGCGUCCACUCCCACCUUAGGACGGGACCUCAGCAUGCCCACCGCAGGCUGCUCUAGAGGGCCCAGCCCGCUCACCAUGGGGCCCCAGGACACCCUGCCGGUCGCUGCUGCUUUCACCGAAACCAUCAAUGCUUAUUUCAAAGGCGCUGACCCCAGCAAAUGUGCGGUGAAGAUCACCGGGGAGAUGGUCCUCUCCUUCCCUGCAGGUAUAACCCGGCACUUCGCUUGCCACCCGACUCAACCUGUCCUCAGCUUCGUCAUCAGCAGCUACAGCCGCCUGGAGCAAGUCCUGCCCAAUCCACAGCUGCUCUGCUGCGACACCGCGCCAGACGGUGUAGACAUCAAGGAGUUCUGGGUAAACAUGCCAAACCUGAUCACCCAUCUGAAGAAAGUGGCAGAACAGAAGCCUCAGGCGACAUACUACAACGUGGAUAUGAUCAAAUACCAAGUGUCAGCAGAGGGGAUCCAGUCCACUCCUCUGAACAUGGCCGUGAGCUGGCGGGGGGAUUCCGUCAACACCGACCUUCGAAUAGAUUACAAAUACAACGCGGAGGCCAUGGCCGCCCCGGUGCCGCUGCACAACAUCCACUUUGUGGUUCCGGUGAACGGAGGCAUAGCCCGGCUGCACACCAUGAUCCCCCCCGCCACAUGGAAUCCAGAGCAGCAAACGAUUCAGUGGAAAAUCCAAAGCCUGUCUCAAAGAUCUGAAAAUGGAGGGGCUCUAUUGGGCCGGUUCCAGAUGGAGGAGGGUCCCUGUAAGCCGUCCCAGCUGGCCGUCCAGUUCACCAGCGAGGGAAGCACGCUGUCCGGCUGCGACAUCCAGCUCGUCGGGACUGGCUACCGGCUGUCUCUGGUCAAGAAGAGAUUCGCUGCAGGAAAGUAUUUGGCAGAUAAUUAGCGAAAGCUGUCGAUGAAGAGCACCGAGGAAAUGUGGCUCUUUGACUGUGAAGACUACGGAUCCAUCCCACGUUUAGUGCUCUUGACCGAUUCUCCUCAGCGAACCGUCGGCGUGAACGGUGGAGGUCUGCUACAAGAACACAGUUUAUGCAACCUAACACAAAUCAUCCUUUGUGCACCUGGAACGGAGUUAAAGACGAGGAGCCGUUGAGUCUUUGUUGUUUUGGUGUAAAAAAAAAGAACAAAAAAAUUUCAUAAUAAUUGUAAUUCAUUCAGUGAUCCAGCCUUAUUAUUUAGUUAUUUAUUCUUUAGUUGGUCAUUCCUGUAGAUGCACUGCGAGAGGUAAUGGGAGUUGAUUGUAUAAAGUCUAGAGCAAUCUGAAAGGUGAAAAACUAGAUCUGGUUGACACUGCCACCUCCCAUCAGACAGUCAGAGUGAGAGUCCGUAUUUUCAUCCAAUCAGAACCGUUCCCUCUGUUUUCAAGCCGCUUCGAAAUGAAAACUACGCUAAUUAGCAUUCAGAGGCGGCUGAUGAGGAUAUGAAAUUUGCCGUGCCUUGCAAAAAUAUUCCUUUUGCUAUUUUUCCUGGUCUACGUCGCUAAAACCCAAACUUCAACGGAUUUCAUUGGGCUUUGACGUAGCAGACCAACACGAAGUAGAGCCUGACUGCGAAUUGGAUGGUUUUCAAUUGCUUAGCGAAUAAAAAUAUUAAAUAAAAUCCACCUCGGCAAGUCAAGACUCCAGAAAAUCUGUUUUUUGCUGCAAUUGGGUCUGCAACCAUCUACCAGCUCUGCACAUGUAAAGUCAGACAUUUUUGUUGGUUCCUCCUUGUAAAAUAAUCAAACCACCCAGAUUCAAUUGAACAUUUUAAAACAGGGUUCUGCAACCUUUACCAUCCAAAGAACAGCAAAAUAAAACUGGCUUAGAGCCGCCAAUGUUACAAGACCUUUGGAAAAGACGACGUAUAUUUUUUUCAUGAAUAUCUGCUAUUGGUAAUUUGAUAGCUUUUUAAAUGUUUUUUUGAAGACUCAUCUUUUUGUUUCAAAACUAAAGAAAAAAAGAACAUAGAUACAUUUUCCUCUGUGGAAAUUGGUGCAAAGAAAACAUCAAUACAAGAAUAAUACAUAUAAAUGUAAAUCAUACUGUCAUACUAAAUCAUACUAUUCUGUUUUGGGAAUUCAAUGUAAUUACGCCACAAAAAACAACUGCUGCAUUUGUUAGCACAGUUACAUUUAAAAACAUUAGCUGCUUCUUUGUCAUUUUUCACCAAAGUUAUGUUACAUAAGGCCUGCCAAGUUUUCCCGUAGUGACGAGCAUGCUGUGCUUUGUGUUGAUCUAUCAUAUGAAAUCUCAAAACAUUACAAUGAAGUCUGAUGGAAUGUGACAAAAAUUUAUUAAAAAGUUUAUAUCGAUCAAAACACCAAUUAGUAAGAAUGUUUGGGGAGUUUUCUUUUCAUAAUUCUUGAAUUUGGUAAAAUUGCUUUUUUUUUUUUUUUCUUCACUGCGUCGAACGUCCUGAAAGCGUCAGAUUUUUAAUCUCCUGGUGUUUUGAUUUAGAGGAAUAACUAGGAAUUUGAUUUUAAAUGCGCAAUAGCAUGAGAAUGAAUCGCUUUUCUACAAAAUUACAUAAAAUAAAAUCUUUUGUGUUCAGGACUGGCACAGACUUAGAGCGCUAGCUACAUUUGUGGAUUACGGACCUCUGUUGGCAUCCCUGGUAAAGAUGUGUAAAAAGUCUAAAAAUAAAUCAAUAUUGUACUUAGUUCCCCUAAUCUACAACUUCCUUUUUUUUUGCAAAUAGGACAGUAUUUACAGUAGUUUUCCUUUAUAACACAGUUAGCGCACCGCUAGCCAAAAAGUUAGUAGCACUAGCUAAAAAGCUAGCAGUGGCCACCCUAAUCCUGAAUCAUUAAUCAUAAACAUUAGGUCCACUAAAGCUAACGGUAAUUUGUGGAAGCUAAUGCUAAACGCUAAUUUCAGCCAUGUUCACACCCACCAUGUGUUAAUGACACGUUAUAUAUUUUUCUGUUUUUCCUCAUUCGUUUGGUUUUUUGUAGACUUGCCACUUGUUCAGUAAAGUUUCUUUAAAUAAUAGAAAAAGGACAUGAAAGGACUUCAAAAUAAGAGCAUAAAUAUAAAUGUCUACCUACAUGAAAAAUUCAGUCGUUAACUGAACAGCUGAAUUCUUAGUUCAGUUAACGAACGAAGACUUAACUUGUUUAACACGUCAAACAAGUUUUCACAGUUAGCAAAAAUGCGAAGGAAGCAAAUGUUAGCGCGUAAACGGAAGUGUGCCCAUCACUGGUUUAUUUCAUUUUUAGUAGAACUCAUUAAAUACAGACACAGAUAUUUGUUAAUGUUUUAACAGUUAGCUAAAUGGUUAGUUUUAUCAAAAGAAAAUGUAUUAAAAUGUGAGUUUUUCUAAACUUUGCAAUAAAAGUUGUAUUUACUUUAAGGGAUCUUCCUCCACACAUCUUUCCAGAGGGUGUCAAUAAGUGUUGCUAGCACUGUAAAUAAAGUAGCGCCGUACUAAUACAUGCAACAAAUUAUGGUGGGAGUGUUUGGCGGUUUUACGGGGGAUUUCGUUCGAUCAUGGAGGCUGCGGCUUCCCCUGGACCAGUCGGAGUAAACGGUUCAAAGCUCAACAUGUUUGCCGUGGGAUACGUGAGCGUAUGUGAGUGCCAUAUGUGGAUGAGGAGGAGAAGUUGCUGAAGACGUCUCAGAGUUGAUGACUGUAGGAAGUUGCCUUUGAUGCUGCUAAAAAAACAUACGGUCACUUUUUGUUGGCCAAGACCUCGAGGUCGUGAGUAGGGAAUUUUUAGGGAUGUUCUGGCUGUCGUCGGUCAACAGUAGAACGUCUUUCUAAUGGGGACGGCACUAAUUAAGUCUCUGUUUUAUUAUUUCCUUCCUUUUUUCACCAUCAUAAAUACACGAUUUAUCAUUUUCUAAUAGCAAUAUUUUGAAGCCUAUGUGUAAAAAGUGUACAUAUAUAUAAAUAUAUAUAUAUAUAUAAAAAAGCCGUUUCGGACAUUUGUCUGGACAUAUGGACAUGUCUGUGGUUAUCCCUCAGUUUGUUGAUGUCAGCACUCGGAAUACAUUUAGUUCACGACACGCUCUUCAUCUGGUGUUUUUCAUGCAGGUUUGUGUUCAGAAAUAAUAAUGUAGAACAAAAAAAAAAGCUACUUGUGGAUGUUUCUUAAUGGUGCCACAUGAAAGUGUUUUUGUCACCCCACCGUUCCCAUGGAAGCAAUACCAGUUUGUCCAUCUUCAUCCUGGUCAUGAUGUGUGUGUGUGUUUUCUGUGUAGGUGUGCUUUGGGACGAGACUUCUAGCUUUCUCUUAAGUCUCCACUCAACGUUUCGCUGUCCAUGCUCCUUCGAACACUCACUGUCAAUAAAUCUGGCAUGUCAUUGAUAUACCUAGAGGUGUUUUCCAUGCGAUUUUAAUGCUGUUUGUUUUCGGUUGGUGCACAGAAUCCAGUUUCACUGCAUCUUGUUGCGCAAUGUGUUUUGCACAUCACAUUCACUUUGUUUACUCAACUUGGUCUGGGUUAUAUAUUUGCGACGACGCAUCGGGGCCUUUGUAGAUGGACAAAAAAGGGGAGUAAAUUUCUGCUAAAAACCUCAGAAAUUUUGAGAUUAAUAUCAGAAAUCUAGAAGAAUAAAAGAAAAAUUCUGAGCUCUAAAAGGCAACAUUUUGCAAGAGUAAACCCAUUAAAUGUUUUAAUUCCUUGAACAUUUUAGAUUUUUUUAAAACUCAGACAUUUUCAAGAUUUUUUCUAGAAGAUUUCUGAGAUUAAUCUAAAAAAAUUCGGAGUUUUUUCCAACAGUUUUACUUUUCAAGCUCAGAAAUUUCCACGUUUUCUUUGUAGUAUAGAAAAUUUCAGAUACUUUUUGGUGAAAAUGUACUCCUUUUUUUUCUAUCUGCAAUGACCCUAAUAAGCAGUCGUAGCCAUCUGAUUCUUUAUUUUUCUUUUAGUUUUUUACAGUGCCUUGUAAAAGUAAUCACACCCAUAUUUUCCUGUUUUGUGACGUCACAACAAACCUCAGUGUAUUUUUUGCAAGAAACCAAAACUAAAUGUGUAUGUGUAAAGUUACUGAAACAUAAUGGAGAAAACAAUUUUUCAAAAAUUGACAGUUAAAAAUUUCAAAAGUGUGGCAUGUGUUUGUCUCCAGCCUCCCUGCAUUAAAAUCUUAUUUUACAUCACUUGACAUCACCUUACAUAGGAACUCCGAGGUAGGUUGUUUUAUGACCUCCACGGAUGCAAACCAUUAAUUGACUUAUUUAUUGAGAAUUAAUAGUUUAUUAGAUUAAAAUGAGUUCCAAUAGAUUAGUAAUGUCCGCUUAGAGACCUUCUGUUACUGUUGCGGUUUGGCCGCCAUCCAGCAGAGGGCGCCGCUGGUCAUCCUUACGUGGAGCCAUACUCCCUGAACGGUAAAAAAAAAA